CUGAAGGGAAGGAAAAAAAAAAAGAGCACAGUCACACAGCAGCUCAACGCCAGCUGAUUCCUCCUCCUUCUGCAGCCGUCAUCUUCUCCAUCCAUCAAGAGGAAGAAGAAGAAGAGGAAGAAGAAGAAGAGGAAGAAGAAGAAGAAGAAGCCGUCUUCGAGUUUCACUGUACUUUUUGACCUGAAAUCGACCUAUCUUUUACUCUUUCUUCCCCAACCCAACUGAGCUGACGGCGUCAAUUCGGCGUUACUGUGGAGGAGAGAGAAUGUGGGGGCGAGGGAGGAGAGAGAGAGGGAGGGAGGGAGGGAGGGAUGGAGAUGGCCUCGGAGCCGGAGAGUAGUUUUGGAGCAUUGCCAUUUUAUUUGACUGUGCUUUACUUGCCUUUCACACUCUCAACCUGACCUAAACCGCCAUUUUUAACGCUUUCUCUUUCUUCUUCUUCUCUCUCUCUAUUAUUUGUCUGCAUUCUGAUGAACAUAUACUCCUAUUCUAUCUAAACUCUCUUUCUCUUCUUUUCUUGGCAUUCAGUCUGGUUCUAGGGUUUCGAGUACUCUUCUCUUCUAGCGUGGCCACACUCCCCCUCUAUGAAUUAUUAGGGCUUUCUUUUAUUUUCCCACAUUCUCACCAAUGAAUAUCAUUGCUUAUCUACAUCACGCAGCUCUCCCUCUUAACUUCAUUUUUCUGCUUAUACUCUUGGUUUCUUCAGCCUCCGAUUCCGAACUCAACUCUCUGCUUGAAUUCAAGAAGGGGAUUCUCAAAGAUCAGCACAAUUCGGUCAUCGGGAAGUGGGAUUUGGCCUUCGUUUCGAAUUCUGAUGUUAACGGCUGCCCUUCGUCCUGGACUGGCGUGUCUUGCGAUGAGAACGGUAAUGUGUCUGCAAUUGUGCUGGACCGGCUAGGCUUGGGUGGGGAGUUGAAGUUCCAGACUCUGAUUGGGCUUAAGAGCCUUAAGAAUUUGAGUCUUUCUGGAAAUGAUUUCACUGGACGGCUUGUUCCUGCUCUUGGGACUUUAUCUAGUCUGCAGCAUUUGGAUCUGUCCUCUAAUAGAUUCUACGGGCCGAUCCCGGAGCGGAUCAAUGAUCUUUACAAUCUGAACUAUCUGAAUUUCUCAGCAAAUGACUUUAAUGGUGGGUUUCCUGUUGGUAGAUUGAAUCUUAAUCAGCUUAAGGUAUUGGAUUUGCACUCUAAUCGACUUUAUGGGAACAUUGGCCUGUUGGUUUCCCAGCUGCGGAAUGUGGAAUAUGUUGAUUUAAGCCACAAUGAGUUUUACGGAGGACUUUCAGUUGGCUCCGAGAACAUUUCGAGUUUGGCUAAUACGUUAAGAAUUUUCAAUUUAAGUUACAAUAGAUUGAAUGGUGGAUUCUUUGACGUUGACUCUCUCAUGUUAUUCCGAAACUUGGUAGUUUUGGAUAUGGGUCAUAAUCAGAUUAUUGGGGAAUUGCCUUCAUUUGGGUCCUUGCCUAAUUUGCGGACUGUGAGGCUUGAUAAUAAUCUUUUAUCUGGCUCAGUGCCUGGGGAACUGCUAAACAGGUCUUUGCAAUUGGAGGAAUUGGAUCUUAGUGGUAAUGCCUUUACAGGUUCAAUUCUUCGCGUUGACUCUUCUACUCUGAAAUUUUUGGACCUUUCGUCGAAUGCUUUAUCUGGCGACAUAUCAGUUUUGCAGACUUGGGAAGCCAAUUUUGAAGUUCUUGAUUUAAGUUCAAACAAGUUCACAGGAAGUUUCCCAAACUCAACUUCCUUUGAGGGAUUAAAGGUGCUUAACGUCAGAAAUAAUUUAUUAGUAGGCCCUUUGCCGUUUACAUUGGGGAACUAUCCUAGCAUGUCUGCAGUUGACUUCAGUUUGAAUGAUUUAAGCGGUACUAUCCCUGCUAGUUUAUUUACAUCCAUUACCUUGAUCAGCCUCAAUCUUUCAGGAAAUCGGUUUACUGGCCCCAUUCCUCUUCAAGACUCGAGUGUUAGUGAGUUGUUAGUUAAACCAUCAGAUUUGCCAAUGGAAUAUCUUGAUCUAUCUAAUAAUUCCUUGAUUGGUGGGUUGCCUCCUGAAAUAGAUAAAUUGGCGAGUCUCAAAUUGCUAAAUCUUGCAAAGAAUGAAUUAUCAGGAUCACUUCCAGAUCAAUUGAACAGACUGAGUAACUUGGAGUAUCUUGAUUUAUCGAACAACAAAUUUACAGGUGAAAUUCCUGAUAUGCUUCCCAACCUACAUGUUUUUAAUGUGUCCUAUAAUUAUCUCUCCGGUAGUGUUCCAGAGAAUUUAAGGAACUUCCCUGUCUCAUCAUUUCGUCCCGGAAAUGAUAAACUUAGCUUACCGAAAGAUAUAGGUUCAGAGAACUCAAUUCCAGAUAGUUUACCCGAGCAGGGAAAACGUGGCACUUCUAAAGCUAAUAUACGAAUAGCUAUUAUUCUUGCCUCAGUUGGAACAGUUGUGAUGAUUGUGUUUCUUUUACUGGCUUAUCAUAGAGCACAACGUAAAGAGUUCCAUGGAAGAAGUAUAUUUAGCGGCCAGGGUACUGAAAGGAACAAUAAGAUGGAACGUUUCAGGCCUUCUAUUUUCAAAUUCCAACUGAACAAUCAGCCUCCACCAACUUCUUCAAGUUUUUCAAACGACCAUUUACUAACCGCUACUUCAAGGACAUUAUCUGGGCAGGCAGAAUUCUCUUCUGAGAUUUCUGAACAUGUUUUACCUGGUGGUGCCGCAACAAGUUCAUCGAUGAUUAUUCCUAACUUGCUCGACGAUCAUCCUGUUACUUCUGCGAAAAAUUCCUCCCCUGGUUCCCCAUUAUCUUCCUCACACCAGUUUGUUGAAGGGCGUGAACUACCUGUUACACUAGAUGUGUAUUCACCAGAUCGGUUAGCCGGAGAAUUGUUUUUUCUGGACAAUUCACUGCUAUUCACAGCUGAGGAAUUAUCCAGAGCUCCAGCUGAAGUUCUUGGUAGAAGCAGCCAUGGAACACUAUACAAAGCUACUUUGGAUAGUGGACAUAUGCUGGCAGUUAAGUGGCUACGUGUUGGACUUGUCAAACAUAAGAAGGAAUUUGCGAAGGAAGUUAAAAGAAUUGGAUCAAUGAGGCAUAAAAGCAUUGUUCCUUUACGGGCAUAUUAUUGGGGUCCAAGAGAACAAGAGCGACUUCUUUUAGCUGACUUUAUUUUGGGAGAUAGCUUAGCUCUACAUCUUUACGAAACUACACCUCGAAGUUAUUCUCGGUUGACCUUCAGUCAGAGACUAAAAAUUGCAGUGGAAGUUGCUCGCUGUCUGUUAUACCUUCACGACAGUGGCCUCCCCCAUGGAAACUUAAAGCCAACAAAUAUUAUCUUGGCAGGCCAUGAUUCUGAUGCCCGCCUCACUGACUACGGACUUCACCGCUUGAUGACACCAGCAGGCAUUGCGGAGCAGAUAUUGAAUCUAGGGGCACUUGGAUAUUGUGCUCCAGAACUGGCUUGUGCAGCGAAACCUGGUCCAUCUUUCAAGGCUGACAUUUAUUCAUUUGGGGUGAUUCUAAUGGAGCUUUUAACCAAAAGAAGUGCAGGCGACAUAAUAUCAGGCCAAUCUGGGGCUGUCGAUCUUACAGAUUGGGUACGUCUAUGCGAUCAAGAAGGACGAAGAAUGGACUGCAUAGACCGAGAUAUCGUCGUCGGAGAAGAGCCUUCGAAAGCUAUGGAUGAACUGUUGGCUAUAUCCCUCAAGUGCAUUCUCCCUGUAAAUGAGAGGCCUAACAUCAGACAAGUCUUCGAUGAUUUAUGUGCUAUAUCUGUUUGAUUUCCACCCCCUCCCCCUCUCCCCCUUGUGUACAUGCGUCUUGGAAUUAGUUUUUUCCGUGUUCCUCGACCCAUUUGUUUUUGUUUCCUAUUUUUCGCUUCGUAUUGGUUUCAGCCUACAGAUUUUGGGCAUAUUGUCACCAUGUUUCUCCGUGAAAUUUUCUUGUAAAUGAACGGUAUCCAUUCAUUUUUUUUCC